ACAACGAGUAAUACCGUGAUAUCAGUUCCGCAGAAACACAUCUUGAUCAACACAUUGCAGCAAUGGUGAAGAGAAAGCACGAACAGAAUCAAGCUGGAAAGAAGAAACAGAAAGUUAGAGAGGACAUAGUUUUAAAAUCUACAAUAUCUUCGGAGGAAGUUCCAAAAAAACAGGCAAAAUGGACAAACAAGGAGAGGGUGCUGGUGUUUUCAUCUCGAGGGGUAUCAUACCGAGGUCGACACUUAAUGAAUGACUUGAGGACCCUAAUGCCUCACUCAAAAGCAGAAUCAAAAAUGGAUAGGAAAGAUCAGCUGUUUGUCAUCAAUGAGAUGUGUGAAAUGAGAAACUGUUCAAAAUGUGUCUACCUGGAAGCAAAGAAGAAACAAGAUCUUUACAUGUGGUUAUCAAAUGUACCAAGAGGCCCAUCUGCCAAAUUCCUAAUAGAAAACUUACACACCAUGUCAGAGCUGAAAAUGACAGGGAAUUGUCUAAAGGGAUCCAGGCCUUUACUCUCAUUUGAUCAGGAAUUUGACAAAGAGCCACACUGGAGUCUCCUUAAGGAACUUUUAAUACAGACAUUCAGCAGCCCAAACCAUCAUCCCAAGAGCCAGCCAUUCAUUGAUCAUGUAUACACAUUCUCCAUCGCCGACAACCGAAUAUGGUUCAGGAAUUACCAAAUAUUGGAGGAGGAUGGUUCUCUGGCAGAAAUUGGACCCAGAUUUGUGUUAAAUCCUAUCAGAGUAUUUGAGGGCAGCUUUGGGGGAUCUACCCUUUACCAGAAUCCAAACUACGUAUCUCCUAAUGAUCUGAGGCAUGUGAUGAGGAAGAGAGGUGCUCAGAAAUAUAUGUCCAGAAUCCAGGCCAAGAAAUCGCUGGAGACCAGACGUGGCCAGCCAUCUUAUGAAACAGACCCAACAGAUGAAGUGUUUGUAACGAUAGGACCAGAAGAUGCUGAAAAUAAUUCUUGAUAAAUGAGCCUGAAAACUU